AUGUACCGAGGCCUAAUUCAGGGUUUCACGAUCGGACACCUGAAGAACUACUACAGUUUCCGACACCUCGGGACGGCAAGUCGCUCCACAGUCUGCAACAAAGAGGCCACGGCCGCCAUCGCCAAGGAGGCAGAGGUGGAAUGGCUUCAGCAGCAGGUGGUCCAGAAGAGGGAGAAGAGGACCUGGGGGGCCCGUCCCCUUCAGUCCAACGGACCCGGGGCCUCUCCUGGAUUCAACCAGGCGGGAUGGAGCAGCCCGUGGUACAAUAGAUGCAUUGGGGAGGCCAGGAGCUGUGCAGCCCGGAUGCGGAUCAGUGAGGCCUGGAGGCGGGGCUACGCCGGGGGGGGCGUGGUGGUCUCCGUCCUAGACGACGGCCUUGAGAGAGAGCAUCCGGAUCUGAAGCCAAAUUAUGACCCGCUCGCCAGCUAUGAUGUGAACGGACAAGACCCAGAUCCCUCUCCCCGCUACUCCAGCCCCGCCGCUAACUUCCACGGGACUCAGUGCGCGGGGAUGGUUGCGGCGAGGGCAAACGGCUCCCGUUGCACCAUGGGAGUCUCCUUCCGGGCCCGGAUAGGAGGCGUCCGCAUGCUGGACGGGGACGUCACCGACCUCGUGGAGGCCCGGGCGCUGAGCUUCAGACCGCAGCACGUGGAUAUUUAUCUGGCCGCCUGGGGCCCGGAGGACGACGGGGCCACUGUGGGGGGCCCCGGACCCCUGGCCCGUCUGGCUCUGCGGAACGGCGUUCAAACAGGCCGGCGGGGGAGGGGUUCGGUGUUCGUCUGGGCUUCGGGGAGUGGAGGCCGGCGGGGGGACCACUGCUCCUGUGACGGAUACAGCAGCAGCAUCUACACCGUCUCCAUCUCCAGCAGCAGCAGAAGCUUCCUGGAGCGCUGCUCCUCCACGCUGGCGGCUGCUCACAGCGGGAAAGACUCAGAGGAGAUGGUGGCGGUGGGGCCCCAGCAGAGCUGCAUGAGGGCUUGGCCGGGGGCCUCCGUCUCCUCCUCCCUGGCAGCCGGCAUCAUCGCCCUCGCUCUGGAGGCCAACCCGGCUCUGACCUGGAGGGACGUGCAGCACAUUAUCGUCCGGACGUCGAGAGCUCUGCUCUCAGCUCCCGACUGGCAGUUAGCUCUGAGCCCGAAUGACGUGGUGUCUAUCUGCUUGUUAGUGAGCCACCUGUACGGCUUCGGCCUGCUGGACGCGGCGGCCAUGGUGAGGGAGGCUGAGCGCUGGAGACCGGUCCCCCCCCAGAACGAGUGCGUGGAGCAGGCCGCCAACCGGCCGAGCAGGAUCAUUCCUCGGGGCUCGGGCCUGACGUCGGCCCUGGAGGCCGCCGGCUGCUCCGGCCCCGCCCGCGUCCUCUACCUGGAGCACGUGGUCGUCCGUCUGACCGUCGGUCACGGUCGCCGCGGCGACCUCUCCAUCACGCUCACGUCGCCUUCGGGCACCGUGUCCGAGCUGCUGGCCAACAGGCCUUUUGACAACUCCACCGAGGGAUUUCAGAACUGGGAAUUCAUGACGACUCAUUGCUGGGGGGAGCUGGCGGCUGGGGAAUGGACUCUGAAAAUCAAAGACACUCCCUCACCAGGAAGAGAAGACACUCCGCCAGGGGUUCUGGAGGAGUGGACCCUGGUGCUCUACGGCACCCCCCGGCGGCCCCAUCCGAGGCACCUUCGGCGAGCCCGGUCGGCCGGUGACGAAGACCCCGACGAGGGAUACGACGGUGAGCCGGUACCCCUUCCGGUACCCCUUCCGGUACCCCUUCCGGUAACCCUUCUAGUACCCCCUCCGAUACCCCCUCCGGUACCCCUUCCGGUACCCCUUCCGGUACCCCUUCCAGUACCCCCUCCGAUACCCCCUCCGGUACCCCUUCCAGUACCCCCUUCUGGGACCCUGCGUCCGACUCACUCUGCUCCAUUUGUGGCCUUUGCAGGACCCUGUGACCCAGAAUGCAACGAGGACGGGUGCGAGGGGCCGGGCCCCCAGCAGUGCGUCGCAUGCCUCCACUUUUUCGUCAAGUUCAAGAACAACUCGAGGGUGUGCGUGACAGACUGUCCCCGGGGCUUCUGGGGGGACCGCCGCCGGUGUAAGAGGUGCUUCUCGUCCUGCGGGAGCUGUACUGGGAGCCGCAACGAUCAGUGCACCUCCUGCCAGCCGGGCCAUUUCCUCACGGAGGGCGCCAACACGUGCACGGCCACCUGCGGGGACGGCUACUACCCCGACCACGAUACGAGCACGUGCAGAGCGUGCAGCGAGAACUGCCUGAAGUGCACCUCCUCCAGCAUCUGCACCGAAUGCCGAGCGGACACCAGUCUGCAGGGGAACCGGUGCCUCCGGAGCUGUGCGGCCGGCUUCUACCGUGACCCGGAGGAGGGCCUGUGCGCGCCCUGUCACCAGGCCUGCGCCACCUGUGCAGGCGCGGGCGCUGAGGCCUGCAGCCGCUGUGCAGACGGCUACUUGGCGGAGGAGUGGAGGUGUGUGUCCUCUUGCAGCCCUGGCUUCUACGCCACCGAGCCGAGCCCAGAGACGGCCGACGGGCACAGGACAUGUAGGAGGUGUGACGCCAGCUGCCCCACCUGUGUGGGGCCCGGCCGCGGGGACUGCAGCAGCUGUUCCAGCGGCCACAGCCUGCAGGCCGGAGCGUGCGCCGUGAACGCCGCGUGCACAGACGGUCAGCCAACCGACUCCCUGCUCUGCCAGUACCAUGACGGCGGCGGGGCGUGCCAGGCGUGUGAUGCCACGUGUCUGCGGUGCACAGGGCCGAAAAGCCAGGACUGCAUCAGCUGUGCUCCUCCACGCGGGGUCCUGGACGAGGGCCGCUGCGUGGAGGCCUGCGCCAGGGGCAAGCACCACUCCGGCGGGCAGUGUCACCUGUGCGACCACACCUGCGCCACCUGUGUGGAGGCCGGGCCGGCCAACUGCACCAGCUGCGACACCGAUAAGUUUGGAGUGGAGCGGUACCUGUUCCAGGGCCUGUGUCUGGACUCCUGUCCCGAGGCCUUUUACCACACCGGGGAGAGGACCUGCGAGCCCUGUUCGGAGCACUGCCAGCUCUGCUCCGGCCCCAGCCACUGCCUCAGGUGCAACUCCUCCUUCUACCUGUCCGGCGGAGGCUGCGUGAAGCUGGAGUGUGGAGAAGGGGAGGUGGAGGAUCCGGACUACGACGAAUGCAUGGCCUGCGAGGAGGGCUGCAAGAAAUGCGUCUUGUAUAACCCCAGGCACUGCCUGUCCUGCACCGAGGGCUUUUACAACUUUCAGGAUGGCUGCUACAAAAACUGCCCGGCGAAGACGUACAGCGUGGAAGAAGAGAUGACCUGCGUUCCGUGCGAUGACAAAUGUGUCAGCUGUGACGAACACGAGUGCUACUGGUGUGAGACCGACCUCUUCUUAUCAGAGGGAGAGUGUGUCUCCGAGUGCCCCGACGGUUUCUACGGCGACGAGGACUCCAACGAGUGCGAGGAGUGUCACUCAGACUGUGCGAAGUGCGACGGCCCCGAGGAAGACGCCUGCCUGUCCUGUGAGAAGGGGAAGGUGCUGGAAAACGGGGGGUGUGUGUCCUACCAUGAGGCCUGUCCUGUGAAGACCUUCCUCAAUGGUUUUCCGGUGGGCCAGCUGUGCCACAGCUGUGCGCCCGGCUGCGCGUCCUGCGAGAGGAACGCCACCCACUGCCUGGCGUGCGAGGGGCCUCUCCUCCUGCACGAGCACCGGUGCGUGGAGGAGUGUCCUCCGGCGCACGCCGUCCGGGAAGGGGAGUGCCGCCGGUGCCCCCCCGCCUGCCGGGAGUGCAGCCCGCUGGGCCAGUGCACAGGAUGUGAGGAGUACCACUUCCUCCACGAGGGUCUCUGUGUCCAGACCUGCCCGGACAGCUUCUACGAGGACGUGGAGCGGGGGGAGUGUCUGUUUUGCCACCCGGACUGCGCUCUGUGCGACGGGCCGGGGGCCCGGGACUGCGACGCCUGCAUGGACCCGGACGCUGCCUUGCUCAACGGCGCCUGCCUGCCCCGCUGCCCCCCCCACGCCUACAGGGACGGCCCCACCGGGGAGUGCAGAGACUGUGACGCGUCCUGCCUCACGUGUUUCGGCCCGGAGGCGAGUUCCUGCUCCAGCUGCCGAGGCGCCGACCGGCUGGACGACCAGCACCGGUGCACGCCGGCGUCCGGCUCCUGCUCGCCACGGCAACACGCCGGCCCCGACGGGGCCUGCCAGCCCUGCCACAAGUCCUGCGACCGGUGCUGGGGCCCCGGGAAACACCACUGCCUGAGCUGCAGCCACGGGCACCUGCUGCUCAAUGGCUCCUGCGUGGAGCGCUGCCCGGCGGGUCACUACGAGGAUGGGCCGGACCAGAGCUGCCAGCCCUGCCACGCCUCCUGCCUGUCCUGCGUCGGUCAGCAGGGCCACCAGUGCCUCGCCUGCAAAGCGCACCUGUUUCGGGAGGCCAAGGAGUGCGUGGAGACCUGCCAGCACGGUCACUAUGGCAACGCGGCCUCCCGGACCUGCGAGCGGUGCGACCCGAGCUGCGGCGAGUGCGGGGGGGCGGGGGAGGACGCCUGCCUGAGCUGCGCCCCGGGGCUGCUCUUCCUGCGGAGGGAGGGCCGCUGCCUGCCCGCCUGCCCCCAGAAACACCGCCUCGACCCGGAGCACCGCACCUGUGAGCCGUGUCCGGCCGGCUGCAGAACCUGCUCCGGGAAAACGUCCCACUCCUGUGACUCCUGCCUCCCUGGAUACCUGCUGACGGACGGCAGGUGUGAGUCCGUGUGCGGCACCGGUCAGCAUCCUGUGAUGGAGGGGCCCUCGGGCUUCUCCUGCCAGCGCUGCCACGCCUCCUGCCUGCAGUGCCGGGGGCCCGGCCCCCUCAGCUGCACGGCCUGCCCCGCCCGCGCCAUCCUGGAGGCCGGCCGCCGCUGCCUGCUCUGCUGCCCCCCCGAGGAGGAGGAGGAGGGGGAGGAGGAGGGGGAGGAGGGGGAGGAAGAGGAGGCUGGACCCCCCCAGCAGGACUGCUGCAACUGCACCGAGACCCGAGCACCAACCUGGCCUUCGGGGACGGGGGGGCAGGCGGGGGGGGGCGAGCGGGGCAGCCUGACCGUCUUCAUCAUCACCUGCGUGCUGCUGGCCCUGGGCCUGGUGGCCGUAGUCUUCCUCGUCCGGCACUCCCUGUCCAAGAAGACGCCCUCGGACCUGCCCCCCCGCGGCUACGAGAAGCUGGGCUCGGGGGGGCGGUUCGGCGGGGGGGGUUCAUCAUCCUCAUCAGGCCGCCUCCAGGAGACCCAGAUGGUGGACAUCAGCCGCCGCCGUCGCCCGGGAAACAAGGAGGACGAGGAUGAUGAGGAUGAGGAGGAUGACGAGGAUAUCGUCUACAUGGGCCACGACGGAACCGUCUACAGGAAGUUUCGCUACGGCCAGCUGGGGGAGGACAACGACAACGAGCUGGAGUACGACGAUGAGAGCUACGCCUUCCGAUAA